GGGACGCGUGCGCAGUGUCACGGAGGCGAGCGGAAGAUGGCGGUGGCGGCGUCUGGGAAGAGGCGCUGCUGAGGGGGCGCGAGGGGGACGGAGGCCCGAGCUGUGGGAGUACUGGACAGCAGCCAUGGCAGGAAGCAGUGGGGACAGCGUCACUCGCCGGAGUGUGGCAUCACAGUUUUUCACACAAGAGGAGGGACCAGGAAUCGAUGGCAUGACCACCUCGGAGAGAGUAGUGGAUCUCCUGAACCAGGCAGCACUGAUCACCAAUGAUUCAAAGAUCACAGUGCUCAAACAGGUCCAGGAACUGAUCAUCAACAAAGAUCCCACACUGCUGGACAACUUCUUGGACGAGAUCAUCGCUUUCCAAGCAGACAAGUCGAUUGAAGUGCGAAAAUUUGUCAUCGGCUUCAUCGAGGAGGCAUGCAAGCGAGACAUUGAGUUGCUGCUGAAACUGAUUGCGAACCUCAACAUGCUCUUGAGAGACGAGAAUGUGAACGUGGUGAAGAAGGCCAUCCUCACCAUGACCCAGCUCUACAAGGUGGCCCUGCAGUGGAUGGUGAAGUCCCGGGUGAUCAGUGAGCUCCAGGAGGCCUGCUGGGACAUGGUGUCUGCCAUGGCUGGGGACAUCAUCCUGCUCUUGGACUCUGACAAUGACGGCAUCCGUACCCACGCCAUCAAGUUUGUGGAGGGCCUUAUCGUCACCCUGUCGCCCCGCAUGGCUGACUCGGAGGUGCCUCGACGCCAGGAGCAUGACAUCAGCCUGGACCGCAUCCCUCGUGACCAUCCCUACAUCCAGUACAAUGUGCUAUGGGAAGAGGGCAAGGCAGCCUUGGAGCAGCUGCUCAAGUUCAUGGUGCACCCCGCUAUCUCCUCCAUCAACCUGACCACGGCCCUGGGCUCCCUCGCCAACAUUGCCCGCCAGAGGCCCAUGUUCAUGUCCGAGGUGAUUCAGGCCUACGAAACGCUGCACGCCAAUCUGCCCCCAACUCUGGCCAAAUCUCAGGUGAGCAGUGUGCGUAAGAACCUCAAGUUGCACCUGUUGAGUGUGCUGAAGCACCCAGCGUCCUUGGAGUUCCAGGCUCAGAUCACCACCCUGCUGGUAGACCUGGGCACGCCUCAGGCGGAGAUCGCCCGCAACAUGCCCAGCAGCAAGGAUGCUCGCAAGCGGCCCCGAGAUGACUCGGAUUCCACGCUCAAGAAGAUGAAGCUGGAGCCCAACCUGGGAGAAGACGACGAGGACAAGGACUUGGAGCCGGGCCCCUCAGGGACCUCGAAGGCCUCAGCGCAGAUCUCAGGCCAGUCAGAUACAGAUAUCACAGCCGAUUUCCUACAGCCUCUGCUGACGCCUGACAACGUGGCUAAUCUGGUCCUCAUCAGCAUGGUGUACCUGCCCGAGGCCAUGCCCGCUUCCUUCCAAGCCAUCUACACCCCAGUGGAGUCAGCAGGCACUGAAGCCCAGAUCAAGCACCUGGCUCGACUCAUGGCCACACAGAUGACAGCUGCAGGACUAGGGCCAGGCGUGGAGCAGACCAAACAGUGCAAGGAGGAGCCCAAGGAGGAGAAGGUGGUGAAGCCGGAGAGUGUCCUGAUCAAGCGGCGCCUCUCGGCCCAGGGCCAGGCCAUCUCAGUUGUGGGCUCCCUGAGCUCCAUGUCCACCCUGGAGGAGGAGGCACCCCAGGCCAAGAGGAGACCAGAGCCCAUCAUCCCUGUCACGCAGCCCCGGCUGGCGGGUGCUGGUGGGCGCAAGAAAAUCUUCCGCCUGUGUGAUGUGCUGAAGCCCUUGACGGAUGCCCAGGUUGAGGCCAUGAAGCUGGGUGCUGUGAAGCGGAUCCUGCGGGCUGAGAAGGCCGUGGCCUGCAGUGGGGCGGCCCAGGUGCGCAUCAAGAUCCUGGCCAGCCUGGUGACCCAGUUUGAUUCGGGCCUGAAGGCCGAGGUCCUGUCCUUCAUCCUGGAGGAUGUGCGGGCCCGCCUGGACCUGGCCUUCGCCUGGCUCUACCAGGAGUACAAUGCCUACCUAGCAGCUGGUGCUGCGGGCACCCUGGACAAGUAUGAGGACUGUCUCAUCCGCCUGCUCUCCGGCCUGCAGGAGAAGCCAGACCAGAAGGAUGGGAUCUUCACCAAGGUCGUGCUGGAGGCGCCACUCAUCACGGAGAGUGCCCUGGAGGUGAUUCGCAAGUACUGUGAGGAUGAGAGCCGCACCUACCUGGGCAUGUCCACUCUUCGAGACCUGAUCUUCAAGCGCCCGUCCCGCCAGUUCCAGUACCUGCACGUCCUGCUAGACCUCAGCUCGCAUGAGAAGGACAAGGUACGUUCCCAAGCCUUGCUGUUUAUCAAGCGCAUGUACGAGAAGGAGCAGCUGCGAGAGUAUGUGGAGAAGUUUGCCCUCAACUACCUGCAGCUCUUGGUCCACCCCAACCCACCAUCUGUGCUGUUUGGAGCCGACAAAGACACAGAGGUGGCAGCGCCCUGGACCGAGGAGACAGUAAAGCAGUGUUUGUACCUCUACCUGGCUCUCCUGCCUCAGAACCACAAGCUCAUCCACGAGCUGGCAGCCGUGUACACGGAGGCCAUCGCCGACAUCAAGAGGACUGUGCUAAGGGUCAUUGAACAGCCGAUCCGAGGAAUGGGCAUGAACUCGCCAGAGCUGCUCUUGCUGGUGGAAAACUGUCCCAAGGGGGCAGAGACGCUGGUCACACGAUGUCUGCACAGCCUCACAGACAAAGUCCCACCCUCCCCAGAGCUGGUGAAGCGGGUCCGGGAUCUCUACCACAAGCGACUGCCCGACGUCCGCUUCCUCAUCCCUGUGCUUAAUGGGCUGGAAAAGAAAGAAGUGAUCCAGGCCCUGCCAAAGCUCAUCAAACUCAACCCCAUAGUGGUGAAAGAGGUCUUCAACCGCCUGCUGGGCACGCAGCAUGGUGAGGGGAACUCGGCCUUGUCCCCCCUGAACCCAGGAGAACUUCUCAUCGCAUUACACAACAUCGACUCGGCGAAGUGUGACAUGAAGUCCAUCAUCAAAGCCACCAACCUGUGCUUUGCGGAGCGGAACGUGUACACGUCGGAGGUGCUGGCCGUGGUGAUGCAGCAGCUGAUGGAGCAGAGUCCCCUGCCCAUGCUGCUCAUGAGGACCGUCAUCCAGUCCCUGACCAUGUACCCCCGCCUGGGGGGCUUCGUCAUGAACAUCCUGUCCCGCCUCAUCAUGAAGCAGGUGUGGAAGUAUCCCAAGGUGUGGGAGGGCUUCAUCAAGUGCUGUCAACGCACCAAGCCCCAGAGCUUCCAGGUCAUCCUGCAGCUCCCACCCCAGCAGUUGGGUGCCGUCUUUGACAAGUGCCCCGAGCUCCGGGAGCCCCUGCUGGCUCAUGUCCGCUCCUUCACCCCCCACCAGCAAGCACACAUCCCCAACUCCAUCAUGACCAUUCUGGAAGCCAGCGGCAAGCAGGAGCCAGAGACUAAGGAAGCGCCUGCCGGGCCCCUGGAAGAGGACGACUUAGAGCCCCUGGCCCUGGCACCGCCCCCGGCCCCCCGACCCCCUCAAGAUCUCAUCGGCCUGCGGCUGGCCCAGGAGAAGGCCUUAAAGCGGCAGCUGGAGGAGGAACAGAAACUGAAGCCUGGGGGAGUGGGAGCCCCCUCGUCAUCAUCCUCUUCCUCGGCCCGGCCAGGCCCUCCCCAGCCAGAGGAAGCCAUUGACUUCCGGGAGGAGGGCCCGGAGUGCGAGACCCCAGCCAUCUUCAUCAGCAUGGAUGACGAUUCGGGGCUGACCGAGGCUGCGCUGCUGGACUCUAGUCUUGAGGGACCCCUGCCUAAGGAAGCAGCCGCCGUUGGAUUGAUUUCAAAGGAGGAGCGGAGCCCCCAGACCCUCACCCCUGCCCUAGAAGACAUCGUGAAGACCCCCAGCCCCGCCGCCGAGGAAACCGGGGAACCGGAGACCAAGGGGAACAGCUGACCAAGGGGAAGGGCUUGGUGGGGAGGGGGAGUGGGACUGGGAGCUCAGGAAGGGCGGGCGGGGCGGGGCUUGGCCAGCAGGGCUUUGCCUCGAAAAAUUAAAAAAGAAAGAUCGCU